CCGGUCGCUAUCAUUUGACAUUUCUCAACGUAAACAAACGCCAAUUCGUCGUAUAUUAUUCUUCCACAUUUUAAGCAAAUACGACUAAUAACGAAUCUAACAUUUUUUGUACUUACGUACUUUACACGCAAAAUAUGCCUACUUGGAAUCAAAUUCAAUCACAGCUGCGAAACCCCAAUAAUCCGGUAGUUUUCUUUGACAUAUCUGUUGGCACGACGGAAAUCGGGCGCAUGAUUUUUGAGCUCUUCGCGGACACGGUGCCAAAAACUGCAGAGAAUUUUCGUCAACUUUGCACGGGAGAAUAUCGGCCGGACGAUGUACCCAUGGGAUAUAAAGGUGCAAGCUUUCAUCGUGUCAUCAAAGAUUUCAUGAUUCAAGGUGGUGACUUCGUGCAUGGUGAUGGUACUGGUGUAAUGAGUAUUUAUGGCGGAACUUUCGGCGAUGAGAAUUUUACCCUAAAACACGAUUCGCCUGGUCUACUAUCAAUGGCGAACAGUGGAAAAGAUACGAAUGGAUGCCAAUUUUUCAUCACUUGUGCCAAGUGUAAUUUCCUCGAUGGCAAGCAUGUUGUUUUUGGUCGUGUGCUCGAUGGUUUGUUAAUAAUGCGGAAAAUUGAAAAUGUACCCACUGGCCCAAACAAUAAACCCAAACUACCAGUAACAAUAUCACAAUGCGGACAAAUGUAGAAAGUGUGGUAUUUUAUACUUAUUAUUAAAAAAAUUUGAUACAUGAUAAUUAUAUGUAAUAAAAAUACUUUUACGACUUUGUUUCUUAA